AAAUGCACUUUUUUUUACCUACUUGAUAAAAUUUGUUAUAAAUUUAGUUUUAUAAAUUUAUAAAUAAAAAAAACUAAUAAAAAUAACAAAUAAAUAAAUAAAAAUUUCUGUUUUUGGUUAUUUUGAAUAUAAUGAAGUGAAUGUGUUUUGCAAAUAAAGAUCGUUUAUUUAUCAGAAUGUCCCGUGGCAAAUCUCGUCUACAAGCUGAAAUUUGUGGCGAUUGUGGAGCAUCUGAUCCUUCAUGGGCUUCUGUAAAUCGUGGUAUCCUCUUGUGUUCCGAUUGUUGUUCAGUCCAUCGAAGUCUUGGGCGUCACAUUUCCGUUGUCAAAUCAUUGCGACAAGGCCAUUGGUGUCCUUCUGUUUUGAAUUUUGUCAAUUCACUUAAUGCGCAUGGCGCAAACAGUGUUUGGGAACAUUGUUUGCUCGAUCCGACUGGAAAAGCUCCAUCACGUCGCAAACCAACUCCCAAAGAUCCCCUCCAUCCGACUAAAUCGGAUUUCAUCAAAGCAAAACAUGUAAAUUUGUCUUUUGUAUUGAAACCAAAUUUACAAGAUGACGACAGUUUCAAUGGCAAUUUAGAAACUGAACUAAGCAAACAAUUGCAUGCAAGUGUUAGGACAAGUAAUUUGGAGACAUCUUUGCGUUUAUUAGUUCAAGGAGCUGAUCCAAAUUAUUUUCAUGAGGAAAAGAAAUCAAAUCCUUUGCAUGUUGCAGCUAAAUUUGGUCAGGCUUCGCAAAUUGAAUUGCUUAUUAUUUAUGGAGCUGAUUUGAAUGCUUUGGAUGGAAAUGGUUGUAGUUCGUAUGAAGUGGCUAAAGCUAAUAAUCAUAAUAUUAUUGCUGAAAGACUUGUUGAGGCUAUGUAUGAUGUCACUGAUCGGAUAACAAUGUUCUUGGGUGGCAAGAGACCCGAUCAUGCUAAUGGAAAGCAUAUUUGCAUACCAGACUCGAAUAACUCGGAAAUUAGUGAGCAAUUGAAGAUUGCUCGGGGAAGACUGCAACUUGUGCCAAAUAAAAUGUUUGAAGAGCUUGUUAUGGAUUUGUAUGAUGAAGUUGAUCGUCGCGAGAGUGAAGCAAUUUGGGCAACAACUGCAUUGAAUCCGGAAAAUGUUGCAGUACCAUUUUUACCAGCAAAUCCAUUUCUAAGUGCCACUCGUAAUCAGGGUCGUCAAAAACUAGCCCGAUUCAGUCCAUUGGAAUUUGCUGGCCUUUUAACUGAUGUACUCAUAGAUGCUCGACGUCGUCAAAACAUGGCCAAUUUGCGACCAUUAGAUAAUAUAAAUCAACCAUUAAAACAACAAACAUCUUACAUUGAUGAUCCGAAUCUCUCCGACGAUGAACCAAUAUAUGAUCCGGUUGCUUCUGAUGAAGAUUAUGCACCAGUUGCAUCAAUUGUUCAGCAGAACCACCAUUCGUCUAUGGUUGGGACACGUCCAGCAGACGUUUACGAAAUGGAAACUUUGCGCAAAAAAUUAAAUCAAUACGAAUCGGAAAUCAAUCAAUUGAAGAAUGUUGUUGAAAAAUUAUCCACAGAAAACACUGAAUUGAAAUCCAAGUUUUCCAGUGUUAAUUUCAAUAUUUACGAUGAGCCAUUACGUAUUGAUUUGAAUGGAACCGAAACAGAAAAUGAACCAGUUCUGGACGGUUCGGGUUCAGGUUCUGGUAGUAAUCAAUCCACUUCUAAGCGUCCUGCUAGUAUGUACGAAAGGCGUUUAGUGUCGUUCAAUAAACCACCAGAUUGUCGAACUACAACGAGUAUGUAUCAAAUGGCUGGAGAUAAGCCAUUUGGCGAAGAAGUCAAGCAUCGAACAGACUUGGUAACUCGACGUCUGAAAGAACUUUGCAUUGCAAUGCUUGAUACAUCGACAAAAGAUGCAUUUGUACCGUGUGCAGAGCGUAUCCGAGUGGCAGUUGAUGAAUUAACUGCAAUUUUCAGAACUCCCAAUUAUAACGAAUCAAUUCGUGAGGCUUUAAAGCAACUAAGUUCGUAUAAUUCUCAAAUUCAACGGGAAUGUGAACACUUGCAGGAAGCAAUCAACAAAGCAGAUUCACCAGCUAUAGAAGCUUAUAUGAAAGAAGUUCGAGAAUGUGCAUUUUACAUAGCCAGCGCAACAAAAGCACUUUAUGUGCAAUUUGAAUAGUUUAAAUAUUUUGAUUCUUCGAGUAUUCUUUUAUCGACAUUUAUUUGUAUCUUAUGCAUUUUAAAUAACCUUAAGAGACAAAAUAUAGUUUAUUACUAAUUAAUAUUUAA